AUGCCUCGGGGCCAGAAGAGUAAGCUCCGUGCCCGUGAGAAACGCCGCCAGGCUCGAGAAGAGCUCAAGGAUCUGGUGGGUGCUCAGGCCACUGUACCAGAGGAAGAAGAGUCCCCUUCUUCCUCAUCUCCUAGUUUCCAAGAUGUUCCCCAGAGCUCACCUGGCACUGAAACACCCAGGAAUCCUAAAGUGCCUGGCAGAGUCCGCUCCACCACCACCACUACUGCUGCAGCUGUUUCAAACACAAGAUUUGAUGAAGGUGCCAACAAUCAAGUGGAGGAAAGGCCAAAUGCAUCACAGGCCCAGGAUACCACUAAGCACUGGCACAGAAGCCGUAUAGAAGAGAAGGUUGCUAUGUUGGUGCGUUACCUUCUGUACAAGUAUCAAAUGAAAGAGCCAAUUACAAAGGCAGACAUGCUGAGAAAUGUAAUCCAAGCAUAUAAGAAUCAUUUCCAUGAGAUCCUCAGGAAAGCCUCUUAUAACAUAGAGCUGGUCUUUGGCCUUGAUGUGAAGGAAGUGGAUCCCAACAAGAACAUCUACGUUCUUGUCAACAAACUGGAACUAGGCUGUGAUUUGAGAGUGAAUGAUAACAGAGGGAUGCCCAAGACCGGCUUGCUGAUGACUGUCCUGGGUGUGAUCUUCACGAAGGGCAACCGCGCCACUGAAGAGGAAGUCUGGAAAGUGCUGAAUAUGAUGGGGAUAUAUGCUGGGAGGAACAACUUCAUCUUUGGGGAACCCAGGAAGCUCCUCACCCAAGAUUUCGUGAAACAAAAUUACCUGGAGUACCGGCAGGUGCCCAACAGUGAUCCUCCACGCUAUGAAUUCCUGUGGGGCCCAAGAGCCCACGCUGAAACCAGCAAGAUGAAAGUCCUGGAGUUUGUGGCCAAGAUCCAUGAUACGGUCCCCAGUGCCUUUCCAACCUAUUAUGCAGAGGCUUUGCGAGAUGAGGAAGAGAGAGCCCGAGCCAGAGCUGCAGCCAGGGCUGCCGCUACUGCCAAGGCCAGUGCACACUCCAGGGCCAUGGCCAGUAGCUUUUCCCGCCCCAAGCCACUGGUUCACCUGCCCGCUUGUCUGCUGCAUCUGAACACGGUCAUCAUGCCUCGGGGUCAGAAGAGUAAGCUCCGUGCCCGUGAGAAACGCCGCCAGGCCCUAGAAGAGCCUGAGGACCUGGUAGGUGUUCAGACCACUUAGGGAGUGGGAGAAGAGUUCCGCUCCUCUUACUCUCCUUGUUGCAAGGGUGUUUCCCAGAGCUUACCUGCUCCUGGGUCAUGUUGCAAUUCACAGGGUCUUCAGAGAGCCACAUCCACCGCCACUACUGCUGCAGCUGUUUCAUACAGAAGAUUGAAUGAAGGUGCCAACAACCAAGUGGAAGGAAGGCCAAGAUCCUCCCAGGCCCAGCCCACCACCGAGCUCUCCCAUAGAGGCCCUCUAGAUGAGAAGGUGUUUAUAUUGGUGUACUAUCUGCUGUACAAGUAUCAAAUGAAAGAGCCAAUUUCUAAGGCAGAUAUGCUGAGAAAUGUAAUCCAAACGUACAGGAAUCACUUCCGUGAGAUCCUCAAGAGAGCUUCUGAGCAUGUGGAGCUGAUCUUUGGCCUUGACAUGAAGGAAAUGGAUCCCUACAGGCACAUCUAUGUCCUCGUCAACAAACUGGAACCAAGCUGUGAUGGGGGGCUGAGUGAUGGUAGUAGUCUGCCCACAAGUGGUCUGUUAAUGAUUGUCCUGGGUGUGAUCUUCACAAAGGACAACUGUGCCACUGAGGAGCAAAUGUGGGAAGUGCUGAAUAUGAUGGGUGUAUAUGCUGGGAGGUGGCACUACAUCUAUGGGGAGCCCAGAAAGCUCAUCACUCAAGAUUUAGUGAAAGAAAAUUACCUGGAGUACCGGCAGGUGCCCAACAGUGAUCCUCCAUGCUAUGAAUUCCUGUGGGGUCCAAGAGCCCACGCUGAAACCAGCAAGAUGAAAGUCCUGGAGUUUGUGGCCAAGAUCCAUAAAACGGUCCCUAGUGCCUUCCCAUCCUGGUAUGCAGAGGCUUUGCGAGAUGAGGAAGAGAGAGCCCGAGCCAGAGCUGCAGCCAGGGCUCGUACUGCUGCCAUGGCCAGCGCACGUUCCCAGGCUACGGCCAGUGCACGUUCCAGGGCUACGGCCAGUGCACGUUCCAGGCCCACGGCCAGUGCACGUUCCAGGGCCAUGACCAGCAGCGUCUCUCACCCCUAG